AUGAUUUAAUUUCUGCACUCGGAACCGGAAAUUAAGACGGCGAGACUGAUUCGAACAGUGCAUUCAAGAUCCAAUUCAAGGCAAUGUUCAUCGACACGUCGUUGAACACGGUGCCAACAGUACUUGCAAACCUGUAUCAGAGCUUUCACGAAGCGGCGGUGAGAUGCUUUGAGUACAAUCGGAAUCUGAGCAAGGUUAGGCCAACGCAUUGUCGACUCCUUAUCAAGACGGUAGAAGGGAUAGUUGCACUGGCGUGCGUGAUGCUACAGCGACGAAGUCGCAACAAGGCGUCCCAAAACGUGGAGAGGCUCCGAAGUCUCAUAACGCGGAAGCAAAUUCAGUGGCUGGCCUUUAGGGCUUUCAACGCUGUGUUUCAGCGGAGACAGACACAGCACCGUGUCCUAUUAGCGUGGCUGGCCCAGUCGUUGGCGGCUGUCCGCCCACCAGCCAACACUGAAAGGUGCAUGCUCGAGGACGCCAUCACUUGGCAUCGUACUGGUUAAAUGGUCGCUCUAGUACCUGUAUGGAAAACGUGCAAGUUCUACAAAAACUUGACCCGGCAAUGACGGAGGAGGAGGGUGGUGGACCUGGCGGUGGUAACUUGAAAGUGGUAAGGGGAGGCUGGGAGGGUGUAAUCAUCUUGCAGGAACACAAACCUGCCUCGGAGGGACUUGGACUUGGACUUGGACUUGGACUUGGACUCGAGCUGGAGUGGGAUGGAUAGAUCAUGGCACACCUAGCCGGUGAUCGAGAUGAGCUGCAGAAAAUCACC